GAAGUUGCAAGCCUAGAAGGUGUCGGAGCCAAAAUGGCAUCCAAAGUGAUGGAAGUUUUAUCAACGGGCAAAAUCCGUAAGGUGGAAGAGCUGUGUGAGACGGAGGAGAGUCGAGUGCUGGACCUGUUCAGUGGCAUCUGGGGGGCAGGACCCGCUACUGCCAAUGCUUGGUAUAUAAAGGGUCAUAGAACGCUGAAUGAUUUAAUUGAGAAAGAAACGCUAACCAAACAACAACAAAUUGGGAUAAAAUACUAUAAACAGUUUUCAGAAAGAAUGUCUCGCAGUGAAGUCGAGGAAAUUGGACAGAAGGUGAUGGAGGCUGCCCUACAAGUGGAUCCCUCGCUAACCACAAUGCUCUGUGGGUCAUACCGAAGGGCAAGGUUACAUGUGGUGAUGUGGAUGUGGUUGUCAUCAAACCGGACAGACUGA